AUGUGUGUGUUAAGUCUAUGUAUUGUUGGCUGUAAUGGAAAUCACGCGAGAAUUCAGAGCUACGAGAAUAUAACGACUGCCGGCUGUGGAGUCGGGAGGAGAGGGAGUCUUAUGGACAACAAGUGCUUCACUUAUCAUCCAAACAUUGCCACCCUGGUCAUUCGCACAACCUACGGUGUUACUUUUGAACAAUACAACUCGCAUGGUUGGUCAAAUCCAACAACACAACCAGGGGAACUUUACUGUCAUCCUGGCUAUUUGAAAACAGCACAAAGAGUUUUGUCAGGCCUCAGCAAUAUCAGCCUGGGCGCUGAAAACAGUGCAAAGUUUAUGCCCUUGGUCACCGCAGUGGAUAUUGAUAGAUCCAACAGCAUUGAUCAACAACAAUGUGGCUACUGGUGCGGUAUGUAUUAUCCACACUUUUCGGAUAAUACCCUGGAUAAAUUGGCCAUCAAUAUACCCAAACUGAUAAGAUUCGCGCUGACCUAUGGUGUAAUGUUGAUGAUGAUUAUCAUGGGGUCGGUGUACGUGAGUGACUGUAAUAAGGCCCCUGGACUGUCAGUAAUGACCAUAAUUAUGGGCAGCCUAUACGCCGUGUGUUGGGUCGUACGCGGCAAUACUGAAACUGGUAGACUGCCCAAGAUUGUCAAAUCAGUAAAAAUGUCUGAUCACUGGGACAAUGAUAAGCCACAAUCACUGGGAUUUAGCGGACAGGGGCUCAGCAAUAUCAAUCUGGGCGCCGGGAAUAAUGCUAAAUUUACGCCCUUGGUCACCGCAGUGGAUCUUGAUAGAUCCAAUAGCCUUGACAAACAACAAAGCCGAUACCUGUCGGAUAAUACCCUAGAUAAAUUGGCAAUCUAUGUACCCAAACUGAUACGAUUCUUGCUGACCUAUGGCGUACAAUUGUCAAUGAUUAUAUUGGGGUUACUCUUAGUAAAGGGCUGUGAAAGAACACCUGAACUGUCAAUAAUGACCAUAAUUAUGGGCACUCUAUACGCCGUGUGUUGGCUCAUUAGCGGCAAAACUGAAAGUGGUAAAUUGGCCAAGAUUGUUAAAUCUUGGUAUUUGCUUUGUAUCAGGCUAUUUUCCGAGGUGGUGACCACUGUUAUAAUCGUUGUUCGCCGACCAUAAUAGCAAUAGCGUCAAUAUUUGUCCUUGGUGUUACAGCAACUUUGGUGAAAAUGAAGAUAUUUGAUCCUGUUGCAAAAGAGCUGAUGUCACGUAAAACUUACAUAGGUGUCUUUUAUUAAUUUAUACAUUUUAUACGCAGUUAUUUUUAUUUUU